GGGCGGCGUCUGCAGGUGCGGCGGGUGGGCGCUGCGGCCCCGCCCGCGUAAGCCAGGGGCGGCCGGGAGGAGGCGGCCCCGCCCGUGCAGCCGGAUGUGGAGCCGCUUGCCCCAGGCUACCGCCACCCGCGCCACCAGUUGCGCCCCCAGCCCCGGAGCAGGUGUCACACUCAGCUUCUGCAGAGAUCCCCAGCUGGCCAGAGAGCCCUGAAGCCAGGCAGAGGAAGAAGGCAGACAAGGCUUCCACGCUGUGCGUUCAUCUCCACCCAGGUGUUUCCUGAGAACCAGCAGUGUUGCUGUAGGACGUGAUCAGUGGGGAUCCACUAGCACGAACCCCUUCCUGGAACCACCAAGCAGUGAGGGAGCACAGCCAUGUCCAUGAUCGCAGCUUUCUAUGGUGGCAAGUCCAUCCUCAUCACCGGGGCCACCGGCUUCAUGGGCAAAGUCCUGAUUGAAAAGCUGCUGCGCACCAGCUCCGAGCUGAGGGCCAUCUAUGUGCUGGUGCGGCCCAAGGCUGGCCAGACACUGCAGCAGAGGGUGCACCAGAUGCUCGACUGUAAGCUGUUUGACAAAGUGAAAGAGGUGUGUCCUGACUUACAUGCGAAGAUCAGGCCCAUCUCGGCCGACCUCGACCACAACGACCUGGCCAUCGGCAAGGAGGACAUGCAGGAGCUUCUGUCCUGCACCAACAUCGUCUUCCACUGUGCCGCCACCGUGCGCUUUGAUGACCACCUCAGACAUGCUGUGCAGCUGAAUGUCAAGGCCACGCAGCAGCUGCUGCUCAUGGCCAGCCAGAUGCCCAAGCUGGAGGCCUUCAUCCACAUCUCCACGGCCUUUGCCAACUGCAACUUGAAGCACAUUGAUGAGGUGGUCUACCCUUGCCCCGUGGAGCCCAAGCAGAUCAUGGACUCCAUGGAGUGGCUAGAUGACUCGAUCAUCGAAGAGAUCACCCCAAAGCUGAUCGGGGACCGCCCCAACACCUACACCUACACCAAGGCGCUGGGUGAGAUGGUGGUGCAACAGGAGAGCGGGAACCUCAACAUGGCCAUUGUGCGGCCCUCCAUCGUGGGUGCCACCUGGCAGGAGCCCUUCCCGGGCUGGGUUGACAACCUGAAUGGACCAAGUGGGCUGAUCAUUGCGACCGGGAAGGGGCUGCUGCGUUCCAUCCGAGCGACGCCCAUGGCUGUGGCAGACCUGAUUCCUGUGGACACCGUGGUAAACCUCACCCUGGCCGUCGGCUGGUACACAGCUGUGCACAGACCCAAGUCCACACUCAUCUACCACUGCACCUCAGGGAACCUCAACCCCUGCAAGUGGGGUGACAUGGGACUCCAGGUCUUGGCGACCUUUGAGAAAAUCCCUCUGGAAAGAGCUUUCCGGAGGCCCUACGCAGACUUCACCACCAACAGCAUCACCACCCACUACUGGAACACAGUCAGCCAUCGGGCCCCCGCCCUCAUCUACGACUUCUACCUUCGGCUCACUGGGCGGAAACCCAGGUUCACAAAACUCAUGAACCGGCUUCUGAAAACCAUCUCCAUGCUGGAGUACUUCAUCAACAACAGCUGGGAGUGGAGCACGGGCAACAUGGAGAUGCUUAUGUCAGAGCUGAGUCCCGAGGACAAGAGGGUGUUCAACUUUGAUGUGCGCCAACUAAACUGGUUGGACUACAUUGAGAAUUACGUUUUAGGAGUUAAGAAGUACUUACUGAAAGAGGACAUGUCUGGGAUCCCAGAAGCAAGGCAACAUUUAAAGAAGCUGCGAAACAUAAGGUACCUGUUCAACACUGCCCUCUUCCUCCUUGCCUGGCGCCUUCUCAUCACAAGGUCUCAGACUGCCCGAAAUGUCUGGUUCUUCAUCGUGACUUCCUGCUUCAAAUUCCUCUCCUACUUUAGAGCACCCAGCACACUCAAGGUCUGACAACAUUGUUUCCUCUUAUUUUCCCCCUAACUGGACCCUUUCAGAUGUCUCUGCAAUGGCAGACUGGUUGUUCCCAAGACUAGGAAGUAAAGAACAUGCCCCAGCUCA